CACUUCCGGCGGGGCCGGGCUCUCUUCCGGCCAUGGCGCCGAGCGUGGCGGAGCGGCUCCUGGAGCGGCUGGACCGGGCCGGGGGCUCCGGGGGGCUCUGCAGCAUCGAGGCCGCCGCCGCGCUCGGCGUCGACCACCAGACGCUCGUGGGCGCCGUCAAAAGCCUCCAGGCUCUGGGCGAGGUGAUCGAGGCGGAGGCGCGGGCGGCCACGCGAUGGGAGCUGAGCCCCGAGGGCGAGGAGGUGCUGCGGGACGGCAGCCCCGAGGUGCGGCUGUUCCGGAGCCUCCCCGAGGAGGGGCUGCCCCAGGCAGAGGCCAUGAAGCUGCCCGGGGGCUCCUUGGGCUUCAGCAAGGCCAUGGCCAACAAGUGGGUGCGCCUGGAUAAGGGAGCGCCCGGCGGUCCCCGCGUGCUCCCCGUCGUGCCCUCGGUGCAGGACACGGUGCAGGAGCACCUGGGGCAGGUGAGGGCAGGGGAGGCCCAGGCCCUGCCCGAGCGGGAGCGCGCCGAGCUCAAGAGGAGGAAGCUGCUCCUGGAAGUGACCCUCAAGUCGUACUGGAUCCGCAAAGGCAGCGCCUUCAGCACAGCCGUGGCGCGGCCGGAGACGGAGCUGACCCCGGAGAUGAUCGCUACGGGCUCCUGGCGCCAGCUGCCCUUCAAACCCUACAACUUCUCCUCGCUGGGGCUGCCCCCGGCCUGCGGCCACCUGCACCCCCUGCUCAAGGUGCGCUCGGAGCUGCGCCAGAUCUUCCUGGAGAUGGGGUUCACGGAGAUGCCCACGGAUAACUUCGUGGAGAGCUCCUUCUGGAACUUCGACGCGCUGUUCCAGCCGCAGCAGCACCCGGCGCGCGACCAGCACGACACCUUCUUCCUGCUGGACCCCGCUGAAGCCCCCCAGUUGCCCUCCGGCUACACCUCCAAGGUGAAGAAGGUGCACUCGCAGGGAGGCUACGGCUCGCAGGGGUACAGGUACGAAUGGAAGGUGGAGGAAGCGCGGAAGAACCUGCUGAGGACCCACACCACGUCAGCCAGUGCCCGCGCCCUGUUCCGGCUGGCACGGCAGGAGAAGUUCAGCCCCGUGAAAUAUUUCUCCAUCGACCGCGUGUUCCGCAACGAGAGCCUGGACGCGACGCACUUGGCCGAGUUCCACCAGGUCGAGGGCGUCGUGGCCGACCGGGGGCUCACCCUGGGCCACCUCAUGGGCAUCCUCCGGCAGUUCUUCACCAAGCUGGGAAUCUCCCAGCUGCGCUUCAAACCCGCCUACAACCCCUACACGGAGCCCAGCAUGGAGGUGUUCAGCUACCACGAGGGGCUGAAGAAAUGGGUGGAGGUGGGAAACUCGGGGGUCUUCCGCCCUGAGCUGCUGCUGCCCAUGGGGCUCCCCGAGAACGUCUCCGUCAUCGCCUGGGGGCUCUCGCUGGAGCGACCCACCAUGAUCAAAUACGGCAUCAACAACAUCCGGGAGCUCGUGGGGCACCGCGUCAACCUGCAGAUGGUCUACGACAGCCCCCUGUGCCGCCUGGACGUCUGACCCCACCGGGGUCCCCUCCUUUCGGGGAGGGGGUCCCGUCCCCGGGGGUCCGCACCCCAAUAAAGCUCCGUGUCCUGCGGUG